AUGUCUCUGGCGCAGCACUUGACCGUCGAGGACGAAUUCGAGUGCGACCUGCCAGACGAGAACCCCAACCAUGCGCAAGGCUCGUGGCGGCGCAUGAGCUUUGAUGCUUUUGCGCCAGUGCGACCGCAUUUAGAUAUCGCAGCGGAUACACCGAACCCAGAGGCUGCCUAUAAAGCGUCGACCCUGCGAAGAAUCGUUCAGGUCGCGCUCGCCGUGAGCUUUUGCUUUCUCGCUUCGGGCAUCGUAUUUGGGUUUGCCUCGAUCAAGCCAAUUCUUGUAUACGAAGGCGUCUACAGCGAGUUUUGCAGCAACGGUGCAGGAACGGGGACAGAGGGAGGCAAAAGCGACGGCGGAGGCAGCCGUGGACAGCCGUGCGCGGAGCAGGAGAUACGGUUGAAUCUGCUCUUCAUCGUGGCAUCGGUGACGACCAACACGUCGAGUUUGUUUGCGGGGUAUACACUAGAUCGCUUUGGUCGGCGGUGGUGCGCGACGGUGGCGGCGGGCUUUCUGGCGGUUGGGGCGCUGAUGAUGGCCUCGCACGGCAACAUGUUGUAUAAGAAGCUGGACGGGUACUUGCUAGGCAACUUCUUCCUGAGCCUGGGCGGGACGUUUCUCUUUCUCCCUAGCUUCCAGUUAUCCAAUGCAUUUCCAAAGCACGCGGGGCUCGUCGUGGCCCUCAUCACCUGCGCCUUUGACGCGUCCUCUGCCGUCUUCUUCCUCUACCGCCUCGCCUGGGAGGCGUCGCACCAGCGCAUCCGCAUCGCUCACUUUUUCCUAGCCUACCUCUGCGCCGUGCCCCCGGCCAUCAUCGCCGCCGAGUGGACCGUCAUGCCGCGGCAGCGCUACCACACUCUACCCGAGCUGGAGCGCAAAAUGGCCAAGGCGCGCAGCGACGCCACCGACGUGCACGCCUCCGACGACGACGUCUCGGAUACGCAGUCGCUGCUGCGCGUGCGCAGCCACCGCGCCGAGCACAGGCGCGACAAGCUGCAGCGCAUCGAGGACAUCACGGGCGGCAUCGGCGAGCGCGUCGACCGCAGGCUGCAGCAGGCGGCGCUGCAGCAGAGCGACGGCGUCUGGGGCCUCUUGCACGGGCGGCCGGUCGCGGCGCAGAUGCGGACGCCCGUCUUUGCGCUGCUGCUAUGCGUCACGGCGUUUCAGAUGCUGCGCAUGAACCUGUUCAUCGCGACGAUUGGCUCCCAGUACCGGUACAUGCUCGGGUCGGCAGGCGAGACGGCCAUUAUUACGGACCUGUUCAACGCGGCGCUGCCGAUUGGCGGCGUGGCGGCGACGCCGCUCAUUGCGCUGCUGCUCAACAGCUGCAGCGUCGCUACCGUGCUGACCGUCAUGACGGGAUAUACCGCUUCCAAGAUUUUCGGAUUUGCCACUUUUGGCCGGGUAUACGGCACCGUCAUUUGCGCGUCUGGCGUCUUUAACCUUGUGCAGCCUGCGGUGGAAAGCUGGCUGAGCGUGCAGCUGCAAGGGAACCCGCUGCCGCUGAAUAUCGGCUUGGGGGUGGUGGGCACCGUGUUGGCGGCGCUCUUUACGGGACUUACACACAAGUUUGUUUAA